AUGACCCUAUCCUUCUAUUUGUUCAUGGUAUGCGCUUUGACCUGCUGGUCACAAUACUCCUCAGCCUACCACGCAACAUCAGCAGACACUCUCACCGUCGGUUUUGCACUCACGGUCGAUCAUGCCACUGCUACAAUUCGCCACAACAGCACGUUCUUCGAGGACCUGGCCAAAGUCGAAGCUUCGGAAGAAUACAUCAAGUUGAUGCAAAAGUUCUCGUUAUGGUCCUCCCAGCAUCCUAGAGAACGAGACGCACGCAAGCAAAAAGGACUUCCUGCUUCCAAUGACGUGGCUGUAAUUGCGACACUGGUCAAAGCCAUCAAAGACGUUGCUGAAGCAUCUGUGGGCGCUUCUGUUUCUGCUCUAGUGAGCUUCCCCGCUCUGCCUGGCCUAUACCAGGAGGAUAUAGUCGAUGCCGCCUAUUGCGUUGGUCUUGCAGGAUUGGCAAAAGGCCUCGCGCGUCAUCCUCACGAACUCAUCGCUGCAUAUGCAGGUCACGGAUACGACCUGUGCAAGAGCUACAACCCCGUGAAACGAUGCGUGCCGGACGACGGAGAGAGAUUCACAACCCGUACUGUGCUGCUAGCUGAAUACACGGAAACCGCACUGCUGUUGCACUUGGAGGGUCUGAACGGAGCAGUGGAACUGUCAUGGCCGAACAUGUACCUUGAAAUGCAAUUCGACCUAGGUAGCUCUCGGACGCCGGACGAGCAAGACGUUCGUAACAGUGUGCUACAUUUCCUGUACCAUCACUACAACGAGCGGUUAGGGAGAGGACCACCGAACAUGACCGUCAUCUUGAUGGGUGAUCCCGGGAGCGUCGGCGACGGCAAGGUGCAACGAGCAAUGAAGAUUGUGCUUGAAGCACUUGGAGCGCAUGCUGAAGUUCUGGCUGAGAAGUCAGCCUAUGUCACAGCAAGGGGAGCAGCGGAGAUGGCGUGGCGAGCGCUGGAUCAUGAAGAAAGAAUGGAAUUGUGA